AUGGACGAUUUUUAUUAGAAUUUCUUAAAUUUCUUCUCUGAAGUCAAAGGAGUGAAAAACGUUAGAUUCAAUUGCCUUAGAGAGGAGUUCACCCUUAAUAAUGAUACUUUUCCCGAUGACCAAGAAGUAUUAAAAAUCCAACAAGCUAACAAAAUGAAUAUCCAAUCUUCACCGAAUAAACCUAAGAAAAAUUGGACUGAUGAAGAUAAAAAGGUUUUAAUAUGGUUAGUGGGCAAAUGGGUCACCUAAAACAAAAAAGACGUAGAGUUGUUGAGUGAUUCUGAUUGGAAUACCAUUGCAAGCAUGAUGCCUCGCAGAGAUACAUUCAGUUGUAAGCAAAAAUGGUUACAAAUCUUCAAACUUCCCUUAUAACAGGCCCCUUGGACCACUACUGAGGACAAUAUACUGCAAACUAUUAUAUAAGAUUUUGAAAGUCAAAAUAAGGGCAACUAAUGGAGUCAAAUGGCUGCGAUUCUCAACAAAGUAAAUAAUUAGUAAGUCCAUAGAAAUGGUAAAUAAUGCAGAGAGCGCUGGAAUAACCAUCUAAACCCAAAUAUCAAUAGAAACCCGUGGUAAUUAAGCGAGGACUUGGAUUUGAUGAGUUAGGCUAAAAAGUUGGGUAAGAAAUGGGCUUUGAUAUCUAAGAAGCUAAAAGUUGCAAGAAGUGAAAACAAUGUCAAAAAUCGAUUUAAUUGUCUAAUCAGAAAAGAGAGAAAUAAUAAGUCUGGGUAGAAUUUCAUAAUGAUUAGAAAGAAAAAAGAUAAGGAUGAAAUUCAUUCUGAAAAAUCAUCCAUCUCCAAUUUAUUAUCAUCUGAAGAACUUAGUCUUGAAGAAAUUAAAUUAAUUAAUAUUAUCAUUAAAAAGAUUGAAUAUCGUAUUAAUUAAACAGAGAACUUAAGAUAAAAAAAAGAGCCACUAGAUUAAAUAGUGGAGGAACAGACAAAUUCAUUAAAGAAAGUGUAAAAGGAAUAACCAAGGGAAUUCUAUAAAGAAUUUAAGGAAAAGAUUUAACAAUUACAAAAUAUGAAGAGUCUCUAAAUUAAUGUAAAGGAUUCCGAAUUAAAGGAUGACGAACUUACAACCCUCAUGCCAUGUUUAAUUCAUUAAGAAGGCAAUCAAAUUUACUUUGCUACACCAGAAUAAUUUUCAGCCUAUUUGAACCAAAGUAGUGAAACUAAUCAGUUAGGAAUGGCGUCAGAAAAUUAUUUUUCCAUAAAUGGUUAAGGGUCCUUUUAUUUUGAUCAGAAAGUCUGCCGAUCUAAUGCAAUGCUUCAAUCUAGGGAAUAUUAUUAGGGUCAACAUGGAGUCUUCAAUCAAAGAUCUUUUGUCUAUCAGAGUCAUGCGGGAAAUUGCUGCAGUGUCAAUAGCCUUCCUUAUUCGAUUGUUUUGUCCCCUUAUCCCUCGCAUGCUAUUCUUACCAAUUAAUUAUAAAAAUGA